CAGUAUCAGUCCCCUGCUGGUACCACAGUCAGGAGACUAAAGUUCAUUUCAAAGAAUACACUGUACCAGUUCCAAGAAAGUCUGUGAAGAAUAGGUUUCCAAGACGGCAAAAGAUAUGACAGACACCAACAAGAUGACCAUCAAUUUGGCUGUCUUUGGCAGGACUCAGAGUGGGAAGAGUUCAGCAGGGAAUACUCUUUUGGGAAGUGCUGACUUCUACAGCAGUUUCUCUCCAGGCUCUGUAACUGAAGACUGCCACCUGGGCCGCAGCUGUCACCUCCACAGCUUCAUGCGUCGAGGGGGACAAGAAGUAACCCUGCAGAUACAGGUCCUGGACACUCCAGGGUAUCCACACAGCAAGCUGAGCAUGAGACAUGUGAAGCAGGAAGUCAAGAAGGCCCUGGCACAUCACUUUGGACAAGAGGGUCUCCAUCUUGCUCUGCUCGUCCAGAGAGCAGAUGUGCCUUUCUUCGGACAGGAAGCACCUAACCCAGUCCAGUUGAUCCAGGAACUUCUGGGAGAUUCUUGGAAGAAUUACACUGCUGUUCUUUUUACCCACGCAGAAAAAAUAGAAGAGGCAGGGAUCAGUGAAGAUGAAUAUUUGCACGAGGCUUCUGAUACACUGUUAACUCUGCUAAAUUCUGUUCAGCGGAGGUAUGCUUUCCUGUAUGAAAAAGGUAACUUGUGCAAUGAACAAAGAUUUCAAGUCUUAGAAAGAAUCAUGGAAUUUAUAAAAGAAAAUCAUUAUCAAGUUCUUAGUUUUACAUAAAAUUUAAGUGAAAAGAAAAGAGCACUGGGUAUCACUUAAGGUAUGGAAAUCUAAUUUUAAAAUCUUGCCUUUGUUCACAUGAAUAUUGGGAAUGAGAAUUCCCUGUACUGAUGUAUAGCCAUUUUGGAAAAUUGUAAAUAAAAAAUAAUAUCAAGGAUUCAA